AUGGCCGGCUACUCUCGCGCACCAGUCUUGGCACGAGAAUUAAAUCAUUCUUCGACCAACCUUCUACCCCGCUGGUUGUCUCUUUUCUUCCGGCCUGGAGACCCACAAACUGGUGACCCGAACGGAGUGAGUUUUGCGGCCAUGUCGCAGCCCCCAGCAACCGCGGCGACCGGUAUCUCCACCCCUCAGGUUGUCCAACCUAGCAUCUCCCACGUAGCAGUCAAGAUCCCGCCAUUUUGGAGUUCAAAUCCGGCGGUUUGGUUUUCCCAGGUGGAAUGCCAGUUCCACCUCGCAGGUAUUACCAGCCAAUCCACCAAGUACUUUCACGUCGCCGCAGCACUACCUCCCGAAGUGGCCAACGAAGUCUCUGACAUUCUCUGUGCCCCGUUGUCCACUGACCCUUACGACACUCUGAGGAAGGCGCUUAUCGAGAGAACAACCGCUUCGGAACGUAAACGUCUGCAGCAACUGCUGUCCGCUGAAGACCUUGGCGACAGGAGACCAUCCCAACUCCUUCGACACAUGCAGAAUCUCCUUGGAACCAGGGCUUCAACCAUUGACGAACCCCUCCUCAAAGAAAUGUUCCUGCAGCGACUCCCGCCCACCGUGCAGAUGCUGCUUGCAACUGCUACAAACCUGCCAAUAGUCGACUUGGCGGCGCACGCCGAUAAGAUCAUGGAAGUGGCUGUCCCCACCAUCGCCUCUGUUAAGGCCUUCGACGCCACUUCGCCCAACGCCAUGCCACCGAUACCAUGUACUAACACGGCCCAUGUCAACCCUAACCAAGGUUUGCCUCAAAACGCUCCCGACAGCCUCGAAAGCCUGCGGGCGGAGGUUCACCAGAUGUCAUCGCUCCUCGCAGCCGUCCUUCCGCAUCAAGAUUCCCCGGCCGCCUCCGCCCCACACGCGCCACGAUUUCUGCUUUUACCACUGGUCUUUCGGCGCCAGCGCACGCAACUGUCAACCUCCCUGUGCCUGGCCGGGAAACCGCCCAGGGAAUCGCUAGCGGCGACGUGCGGUUCCCCUCCCUCCCCCACGCCCAGUCGCCUCCUGUACAUAACCGACCCAGCUUCCAAACGCCGUUUUCUAGUCGACACCGGUGCUGAGGUCAGCCUACUACCUGCCACACGGGCAGAAAGACUGGGCCACCCACUCUAUCAUCUUGCUGCCGCAAACGGUACCGGAAUCCCUGUGUACGGCGAGCGCUCCCUCACACUUUCCCUAGGCCUUCGUCGUACCUUCAGAUGGAUUUUUCGCAUGGCAGGGAUCACCCACAACAUCCUGGGAGCAGAUUUCCUCCACCAUUUUGGCCUCCUCGUCGAUCUUCAUCGCAGAACGCUGUGUGACUCUACGACUCGCUUACACACCCGUACGCUCCGCUGUGUUCAGCAUCCUAUACCAGCUGCGCCCCAUCACAUGAUUUCCUCGCUCGAGACGCCUUUCGCUGACGUCGUGCACGAAUUUCCGUCACUCAUGAAGCCUCCCGACUGGACCCAACCCGUCGGUCAUGACGUCGUCCACCACAUACAAACUACAGGCCCUCCAGUGCACUUCCGUCCUCGACGGCUUGCCCCGGAGAAAUUCAAGAUCGCUCAGGCUGAAUUCGAACACAUGCUUGACAUCGGAAUCGCUCGCCCAUCCAAAAGCGAUUGGGCCACCCCGCUUCAUAUGGUUCCCAAAAAGACUGGGGAUUGGCGUCCGUGUGGCGACUAUAGGGCCCUCAACAGCAUUACGAAGCCCGACAGGUAUCCCCUACCAAUUAUCCAAGAUUUCACCAACAACCUGGCCGGGGCCACCUGUUUCAGCAAGAUCGACCUGGUAAAAGCUUACCAUCAGAUUCCUAUGGCCCCGGAAGACAUCCCCAAGACAGCAAUCGUUACACCAUUUGGACUCUACGAGUUCCUCAGGAUGCCGUUCGGACUCAAAAACGCAGCCCAAACCUUUCAGAGGUUUAUUGAUACCGUUCUACGAGGCCUCUGGUUCUACCCCGCUGGUUGUCUCUUUUCUUCCGGCCUGGAGACCCACAAACUAAACACGCGUGCAUGCG